AUGCUGUCCCAGUUUGCGAUCGACACGAACACACUCACCAGAGGCGAUGAGGCGUUACCACCUCAGGUCGGCAGGCUCCAAUGCCUUACUGCGCGUCAACACGUUAGCUUUGAAGGGGAUAAGUUCUUUUCACCUUACAAGAGCCACGGGAAGGCUCAACAAUUCUUCGCUGUCUUAUCAGUGCCGGUCCUAGGCAUGGUGCUUGUGCAAUUGGAGGAUCUUGCCUCUCUUUCACGAUCUAUGCCGUUCUUCGUCUGCGGUCUCCUCUCUGCUUCCUGA